GUGAAGAAAAUAUUGCGAAGAUUCUUUGUCUGUGUUGAGGUUCGAGGCUUCAGGGUGUGGCCCAAUUGCCCCACCUUUCUUCCAUUUCCAUAUGCCCUCUGGAGAAUCGAAACUCGUCUUCUUCCUAUUCGGUUUCUUUUCUCUGCAACUGGGUGGAGAAGAAACUCCCAAUUCCUUCAUUUUCAGGGAAUCCCCCACCAAAAUCUUCAUUCCCUCUAAUUUCUCCGCCAUUGCCAUUGCCUUUUGAUUUCCGAAUCCGAUCCUUCCGUCCUGUCAUUUAUGGUGAAACGAUUUGUGUGAAACCACACUCCAAAGGGGGGCCGGGACUGGAGUUUUUUUUUUCCGAAUUCUGGGGAUGUGAUUGUUUUGGGGGAUGAUCAGGAAUGGCUCGGGACGGGCAUGUGGUGCCGGUGGAUCCACAGACGGCGCUGACUGUCAAGAAGAAGAAACAAUCUUCUCGGAAUUGGAUUCUCCUGGAUUGUACGGGCCAGGGGACCGUCCUCGAUGUCGACAAGUAUGCUAUUAUGCAUCGAGUUCAAAUUCACGCUCGAGACCUUCGGAUUCUCGACCCCUUGCUUUCUUACCCCUCCACCAUUUUAGGGCGUGAGAGGGCCAUUGUUCUUAAUCUCGAGCAUAUAAAGGCGAUCAUUACUUCUGAAGAGGUUUUGCUUAGAGACCCAACGGAUGAAAAUGUCAUCCCUGUGGUUGAGGAGCUUCAGAGGCGACUGCCUCCUUCUAAUGCUUUCCAGCUUCAGAUUCAAGGAGAUGGGAAAGAGUAUCAGGGGGGGCAACAUGAUGGUGAAGCUGAAGAAGAUGAAUCGCCAUUUGAAUUCCGUGCUCUUGAGGUAGCUUUGGAAGCUAUAUGUAGUUUUCUUGCUGCCCGGACAACUGAACUGGAGACUGCUGCUUAUCCUGCAUUGGAUGAGCUUACUGCCAAGAUUAGUAGCCGCAACUUGGACAGAGUUCGUAAAUUGAAGAGUGCAAUGACCAGGUUGACUGCAAGGGUUCAAAAGGUGAGGGAUGAGCUUGAACAAUUACUAGACGAUGACGAUGAUAUGGCAGACCUUUAUUUGUCAAGAAAGAUGGUCAGUUCAUCUCCUGUAAGCGGUUCUGGUCCUGCCAAUUGGUUUCCUGCCUCUCCUACUAUUGGUUCAAAGAUCUCAAGAGCCAGUAGAGCAAGUAUUGCAACCGUACGUGGGGAUGAGAAUGACAUCGAGGAGCUUGAAAUGUUACUGGAGGCUUACUUUAUGCAGAUUGAUGGUACCUUGAACAAAUUAACUACACUGAGAGAAUAUAUUGAUGACACAGAAGAUUACAUCAACAUUCAGCUUGACAAUCAUCGAAAUCAACUCAUUCAGUUGGAGCUCUUUUUAAGUUCUGGAACUGUUUGUUUGUCUAUCUAUUCUUUGGUGGGUGCAAUAUUUGGCAUGAACAUUCCAUACACUUGGAACGACGACCACGGAUACAUGUUUAAAUGGGUUGUCAUUGUUACUGGAGUAGCUUGUGCGGUGAUGUUCAUUGCAAUUAUUUACUAUGCCCGCUACAAAGGUUUGGUGGGGUCUUGAUCUUCUUGCGUCGAACUACCGACCCGUUACAGUCGUAAGUCGAAUGGUGGCAACGAGAAGAAUAAAAGAUAUAGAAAGAAGUCAAUUUGGAGAUGAGUUUAGAGGGAAAUACAUAGCUGACUAUACUUACAGGAUUCGGAAAAAGAAAAGGGAAAAUAAGAAGAUGGGAAGAGAUAAAUUUACGACCUGUGGUUUGAUCUUAUGGCAGAUUAUUAGCUACCAUAUGAAAUCAAAAGAUCUGCAGGUGUUUUUAGAGGCUCAUCUUUAUUUGAUUAACUGGAUUCUGGUUCUAUGGAUAAUUGUAUAAACAUCAUGUGGAAUGAAUUUUCUUACUCGUUUAUUGGGAAUCAGAAUACACAGGGAGUUAUGAAUUUA